AUGCCAGGCGAAGGAAGCCAGACCAGUCCGAGCGGACGACGAGAUGGCUUCAACGACUCCCUUCGAGCCGUCACAAUCAAGCAGAUCCUCGAUGCACAGCCUAACGGAGACGAAUUCAAGAUUGACGGCACCACUAUCUCACAGCUCACCUUCGUCGGCCAAAUACGAAACAUCGCAACGCAAACCACCAACAUAACAUACAAGCUCGACGACGGCACCGGCAGCAUCGAAGUAAAGCAAUGGAGCGACGCCGACGCCAUGGAAGUCAACCCCAUAAAAGCAAAGCUCGUCGAGGGUGCGUACUGCAGGGCAUGGGGCAAGCUCAAGAGCUUCAACGACAGGAAACAUGUCAACGCGCAGAUCAUACGGCCGGUUGAGGACAUGAACGAGGUCUCAUACCACCUUCUGGAAGCCACGGCAGUACAUCUGUACUUCACACGUGGACCGGUGGGUGGGACAAAUAGCGCGAGCGGCGGUGCUGCAGCCAACGGUGGUCAGGGAGCACAGACGGGAGGCGGCGCCUAUGGUGGAGCAGACCUCUCGGGCUAUGGACAAGUAGCCAAGCGAGUGUUCCAAUUCUUAAGGGAGUCUCCGCAGUCAAAUGAGGGUCUACACCAGCAGGAGAUUGCGGCAAACUUGGGUAUCGACAUGGCGGAGGUCGCACGAGCCGGCGACGACCUGCUGGCUGGAGGUCUAAUAUAUACCACAGUCGAUGAUCAGACGUGGGCUGUGCUGGAGGCAGAUUAA